AUGGUUCGAAAUUUGGAAAAUGACGCUACUGCUCAAGAUGCAUGGAACAAAAUCAAAACAAAAUUUCUUAACAAUAAGGGAUCACGUGCUGAUGCCCUUGAACAAGAAUUUUCUAAUCUCACCUUGGCUACGUGUUCAUUGAUGGUAGCCUAUUGUCAUAAAUUAAAAAAUCUAGCAGACCAAAUGGAAGAUGUUGAAAAUCCUGUCCUUGAAGCAAGACUUGUUUUGCGUAUGGCUUGUGGGUUACCACCAAAAUUUGAUGUCGUUGGGGCAUAUAUCAAUCAAAGGUCUCCAUCAUGUGAGACGGCUCAUAGCAUGCUGCAACUGGAAGAACACCGACAAACAUCUAGGCAAAAUCAAACUCAUACAGUCAUCACUGCUUCUUCUGUUGACCGAUCAUUUCAAAACUCACACUCUUUCAAUGUGGUCAGACUCCUAACUUCAAUAACUACUUGGGGUAGAGGUGCAGGCAUCCGCGGUCGAUGUCCACCUGGUUAUGGCCGUGGCGGAAGUUUACGGGGUCGUAGAGGUUGA